AUGGCUCCUGGUUUACUCGCGAAUGGCUGGCACGACGACGUGGCCAUCACACCCAAGUCGACACCAACACGCUAUCCGUAUGAGAACCUUGACUUUGACCCAAAACUACAGCCCAAGAGAUAUGAAAUAGCAGGGACGUCGCCGUCUUCCAAGAUAUUGUUCCUCGAUGUGAACAUUAUUGAUUCUACGGGCAAAGAACCAUAUCGAGGAGAUGUAUACAUCGAAGGCGAGCGCAUUGUCGCGGUUGGAUCCGUUCCUCGAGUUGAGCACAUUCAAAACAAACCUGAUGUGCGGGUGAUCCAAGGACGAGGCCGCACACUCAUGUCAGGACUGGGCGACUCACAUACUCACUUGACGUGGAACAACAACGCACUCGAACUGCUGGGUGAUGUCAGUGUGGAAGAGCAUGUGUUGAUAACAAUCAAAUCUGCGUUAUGCUACCUCGACUCUGGCUACACAAUGUGUUACGGAGCUGCGUCUGCGAAAGACCGGCUGGACUGUGUGGUCCGCGACGCCAUCAACCGGGGUGACAUACCCGGUCCUCGUUACCUCGCCAAUGGACGUGAGAUCGCUCGGAGAGAUGGCGAACUAGCCGCUGGCAUCACGGCGUUUGCUGACGGGCCCCUGGAAAUGCGCGAAGUCAUUAGACACCAUGCUCGGAUAGGGGUCGACCAGAUCAAGCUGAGCAUGUCUGGAGAAUCGAUCACGGAAACGAGGUCCGCUGAAGAGUGCUUCUUCUCUGACGAAGAGACGGCUGCAUGUGUGGACGAGGCCCACCGCCACGGCUUGAGGGUUUGUUCUCAUGCUCGAGCACGAGACUCGGUCAUCCAAUGCGUCCAACACGGCGUGGACGUGAUAUAUCAUGCAUCGUACACGGACGAAGUGGGCAUGAACAUGCUCACCAAAGCAAAGCACAAGCACGUGGUCGCGCCGGCGAUCAACUGGCUAUACACGACCGUCCACGAGGCCGAGCCCUUCGGAUACACGUUUGAGAAAGCCGAGCAGGUCGGCUACAGGAAGGAGCUGGAGGUGGCGAUCACGGCGCUGAAGGAGAUGAACAGGAGAGGCAUCACGGUUCUUCCUGGUGGCGACUAUGGGUUCGCAUGGUGUCCUCACGGCACAUACGCCCGUGACCUCGAACACUUCGUCAAGCUGCUCGACUUCUCGCCCAUGGAGUCCAUCAUCGCCGCCACAGCGGGCGUGGCCAAACUCUUCAUGCAGGAGAACGAGCUGGGCAAGAUCCUGCCGGGGUACUACGCCGACUGUCUCCUCGUCAACGGCGACCCGCUGAAGGACAUCGCCGUCCUCCAGGACCACGACAAGUUGGACGUCAUCAUGAUCAACGGACGCAUUCACAAAUCGUCCCCGGCCGACUUUGUCACUCCUGUACCGCCUGCGGCGCAGCCACUGCCAUCAACGAAGAAGCCACACAACUUUGUCACCUUCGAAGACGACCUAGGCAGGGCCUGCGUCGGACACCUGGAUCUAGAGACCUCCGUCGUGCACGCAUUGGCGAUGCCUUCAGGAUCUCCUCUGAGUAGUCUGCAGCAGGUGAUCGAGCUCGGGCACGAGACCAUCAUACAGACAGGCGAAUCCUUCCCGCUGUCGUCCGUCAAGAAGCUGUUGGCCCCCAUUACCGACAGGGACGUCGUGUGCGUUGGGAACAACUACGCAGACCACGUCAAAGAGUACCGAGAGAGCGGGUAUGACAACACGCAGCAGCGGCAGCAGCGGCAGAAGAAUCAACAGCAGAAAGCUUCCUCCUCCUUCCCAACCAUCUUCACGAAGCGCAGCACCAGUGUCGUCGCCGCAACCGACGACAUCUACGCCCACCCGGGCUUCACCGACUGUUUGGACUAUGAAGGCGAGGUCGGCGUCAUCAUCGGCACCCCCGGGUUCGGCAUCGCCGAGAAGGACGCCAUGGACCAUGUCUGGGGAUAUACGAUCAUCAACGAUGUGACGGCCCGGGACAGGCAGCGUGACCACGGCCAGUUCCUGAUGGGCAAGUCGCCAGAUACAUUCUGUCCGAUGGGCCCCGUCGCCGUCCCCAAGGACGCUUUGCCAGAGACUUUACGUGUGCAGACAUUCGUCAACGGCGAGAGGCGCCAGGACGGCACCACCGCCGACCUGAUCACGUCGAUUCCGAAGCUGAUUGAGGUCAUCUCGGCGGGCUUGACGCUUCAGGCGGGCGAUGUUAUUGCGACAGGGACCCCGGCCGGCGUGGGCGUCGGCUUCCAUCCGCCCAAGUUCCUCAAGCCAGGCGAUUUAGUCGAGGUGUCGGUGACGGGCCUCGGAAAGCUCAGCAACCGCGUGUCAGACAAAACCAGAUCACCGGCACAGCAACUCCAGCUCCAGCCCCGAUCCAGCCUCCCAGUAUACAACCUCGAGCGCACGUGGGGCGGAGCAGCAGCCGGGUCGUUGACGCGCGUGGGUGACAAGCUGGUCCACGUGCGAGAAAUCGGCUCCGGGUCGGACACGAUCGUCUUCGUCCACGGCCUGGGCGCCUCGUCGGAGUACUACACGCCGCUGAUCCAGGAAGCCGGCCUCGACGGCGACGACGCGAGACACCGCAUCGUCCUCUACGACCUGGAGGGCCACGGGCUGACGCCCACGGCCGCCUCGUCGGUUGUCAGCGUGGAGUCUUACGUCGCCGACCUCGAGAACCUCUUCGCCACCAAGGGCAUCACGAAAGCCACCCUCGUCGGCUGGUCCUUGGGCGGACUGAUCGCCAUGCUGUUCGCUGAACGCAACAGCUCCGCCGUGAGCAAACUGGUCCUGCUCGGCCCCGGCCCCAAUCCGUUCCCUGACGGGGGCGUCAAAGUUUUCAGCGACAGAGCCGCGUCCGUGCGGGCCAAGGGCAUGGACGCCUCCGGGAUAGCCCAGGCGGUGAGCCACGCAGCCACGUCGCCACGCACGCAGCAGCAGUCGCCUGUGCUGGUCUCGGCGGUGCGCCAGUCCCUGCUCGCCACACACCCGGAGGGAUACGCCAAGGGGUGCAUGGCGCUGGCCAAGUCGAAGGACACGACGAUCCGCGUCGAGAAACUCGACAUGCCCGCGCUGCUGGUCGCCGGCCGGGACGACAAGAUCUCCCCCACGAGCCUGGCCGAGACGUACGUCAGGAGGCUGCCCAACGCCAAGCUGGAGGUACUCGAGGGCGUCGGCCAUUGGCAUGUCAUUGAGGAUGUCGGGGCCGUGGCGCGAGCCCUGCGCGGGUUCUUGUGA